UACUACCCCGCGCUCGCACAAAUCUUCACUGCAGAUCUCCUUUCAUCCGUCACGAAUGUACUGGUGUACAGCUCGCUCGAAUUUCUUUCGCUUGUCAUGGCCCUCGCCUUGCUUAAGCGAAUGUUGGGGUUCUCAACUCUACGGCAACUCGCUUUCGUGUUGGAAACACAAGCACCGAUGGUUCAGCUUAGACUCAGCACGCUGUUCAUGUACGUGAUG